AUGUUAGCUGACAUAUUGGGAUCUUGUUUUCUCCACUUGGUCAAGCAGGGUGAUAUUGAGGAAGAGGAGGUGGAUUCAUUCAAUAUACCAGUGUAUAUUACAUCUCCAAUUGAAGUAGAAGAGGCAAUUAAAAGAAAUGGAAGUUUUAGCAUUGAAAAACUAGAGAUUCUAUCAAAGGAAACAUCACCAAUCAAUGGUUUAACAGCUAAAGAUGCAUCAGUACACAUAAGGGCUAUAACUGAAGGACUAAUUGAAGAAAAAUUUGGAACAAAAAUAUUGGACAAACUAUUUCAACUUCAUGAACAAAAACUUGAGGAUGCAUAUCUUGACUUGAUUUCUGGUGAAGCAAUAAGUUUAUUCAUAGCUCUUAAACGCAAGACAAACCUCUAA